CGAACAUUCAGUUUAAUAAUGCAUUAUAUAUAAUAAUGUUAGGGAUAAUCGAGAUUUGACUUCUUGUCACCAUAAGUGCUGUCCAGAGAAAGGCCAUUUUGGCAGAGAAGGCUUCAAUGUGGGACCACAGUAAGUGAUUGCAAUUCAAACUGCCUUGUUGGAAUUGUAGACACGGCUGUAAUAAUAAUUCUGCGAAGACGUGUCAUUUCAAGUGACGCACGUUGAUUCGUGGGAUUUAGCCUGAAGCUUCAUAUAUCUCCUUCAUAGCGCGAAACAAGAAACAAGCUUCAUCAAAGGAGCAGAUCAAGUCUGCAUUUCAACAUUCUUGUCGACAAUGAAAGACUUGAAGCUUCGAUGUCCGCAGUAUGGCAUCUAGAUAUAGAUUUGCUGCGAGGGUGUUUUGCUUAGUUGCCAUCACGUGCUUGCUGUAUGGAUUCUAUCAUGGAACCAUUUGGGCCUUCUCGAGAGGUGCACCUUCCAAAGAAGUGCUUAACUCUCUUAAUUUGAGUGAGGAUGAGUGUCGGGCUACAUUUCCGUAUUUGAUGAAGGAGAUUGACGAUGCGGUGUCUCGAGGUCCGUUCAAGUUGGAUAAGGAGCCGGAUGAUUAUCAAGGGCUCGUACAAGCAAGAAUCAAAAAUGGGAAGCUUUAUAUCAUCUCUGCUGGAAGUCGACUUUCCAGGGAUAUGCUCUAUGAGCGAGAGGCUAUCCUUCACCAGAUAUAUCGAGCUCUUAUCACUUCUCCAGAACCGAUCCCGGAUACAAUUUUUACAUUUUCCAUCCUAGAUACUGUUCGGGAAAAUGUAUGGUGUUUUGCUCGUAGCAAUGAUCCAAAAAUCCAAGGCAGCUAUUGGGUCAUGCCACAUUUCAGCUUCUGGUCUUGGCCAAAAUCGUUUAUUGGUACAGUUGACGAAGCUCUGGCCAAGACAGAUGUCAUAGAGCGCGAUAUUCCGUGGUCAAAGAAAAUUGAUAAAGUGGUUUGGAGGGGUACCGCAUGGUUCAACUCUAUUGGCAACAAUGCUUUACGACCAAAUUUGAUAGCUGCUACGAAAGGAAAAGAUUGGGCUGACGUUCAAAUCUUGGAAUGGGGCACGAAUGCAGAUUCGGCAAAGAAUGCUCUCAAUAUCGAAGACUUUUGCAAGUACAAAUACAUUAUAUACACUGAAGGCAUCACAUAUUCGGGUCGUCUACCAUAUCAUCAAGCUUGUGCAUCCAUCAUCAUUACUCCUCCACCUAGUUACCUCAUGCAUAACACCCAUCUCAUGCGACCUCUCUUCUCGUCUUCCCUGUCACUCUCGCCAGGUUCCAAGACCAACAAGCAGCCAAACACAGAUGCACGGUGGCUAAAGUCAUAUAAAGCAUCCCAAGCCAACGUCGUUUUCGUGGAUCCAGAAUGGAAAGAUCUCGAGCAGACUGUAAUGUGGCUGAGAGCCCAUCCGGAUGUAGCAGAAGGUAUCGCGAAUCGACAGAGGAAAAUGAUAGCGGAGGCGGGAUACCUGUCUCCGGCUUCAGAAGUAUGUUAUUGGAGAUCUUUGAUCAGAGGAUGGAGUCAGGUUGUGGAGAUCGAUGAGGAAGUUUGGGGGAAGUGGGAUAGUCAGGGUGUUGAGAAUGGGGAGGGCAUUAGAUGGGAGACCUUCAGCCUGACGGGGAAGGCGGAUUGGAGUUAAACACCUAAACUCAUGAACAAUGAUUCUCUUUCCGUAUAUCAAGUUCCAUUACUUGAACAUCGUAGCGAUUGGAAUAGAAGAUCAUAUUGUUCCAGAAUUUGUGGGUCAAUAUAAGGGUAUCAAAUCUCAUGGGUGAGCUAAGAUUUGAGGGGCCUAGUUGUGUAAUAACGACAUGGAUUCCCCCUUAUUCCGAGGGUUUGAAGAGUCUACACUUCUCACUUAUAUUGUCCCACAAGCUCUAG